UCUUUGUUAAUUUCAAUGGCGUCGAAAAGAAAAUUUCGAGCGGCGAUCUUAAAAAAAGGGUACGAGGUUCGGAGAAUAAGCUCUUUUUUGUUCUUCAGGGCGUGUCCGUUUAACCAAAACACUUCCUUUAGAGACAGUGUUCUUCCUCAAUAAGUGGGUAAAUAGCUAAUUUGGCAGGGAAAAAAUGCGGUUCUCCGAUUCACGCGUGGAAAAAAAACGUGUAGAGGCCAAGGUCGGUGUUAAGUGCAUCGCACUCGGGCCCCUUAAGUGGAGCCCCCGGUGCGUCGUACUUUGGACGGACUCCUUUAAUCAUCUUUCGGGGCCCCCCGGCCCUGACGGGAGGCAAACGGUAGCCGGGUUCGGAGGCGCUAACUACUGUUAUUGCCCGGUUUCGGAUAAUCGUACCAGUUCCGGUAGAUUUCGUGACCUCCUAACGAUAAUUAAAUAAUUGGAUAAUGAAGAUUAAUAAGCGUUGGGUAAAGCGCAGCCGGUUAAAGAGUUCGGCGUUAAAGAGUGGAAGAGGAUACGAUAAGGAGGAAGGAGACAAAUUAAUUUUCUCGUCUUAAUUAAUCAGCGGAGAUCGUCCGACGCACUUUAAGCAAGAAGAGGAGAAAGGGGCUAAGAAUUUACCUUUAAUUGUCGGUGUGUCUUACGAAAAGGUUUAUCGAGCGGAGGGAAAGUGGCCGCAGACAGGUACUCUAGCGAAUAAAUCGGCGCUAGAGUCGGAUAGGGGCCCGCUGCGGAGCUACAUCCACCUGCCGAUGCAGUGGCGGCACGCGAGGUCACAAGUAGCUUGCCGUGCCACGCACCAGCUGGAGCCUCGCCGCUCGCAUCUGCCGCGCAGCAUCUAUCUCUGCCCCCUAUUUCCUCGCGCGUCCUUUUUACCUGGUCUCCCCAAAGUCCCCGCCUUGGCUGCCGGGUAUGACUGCGAGAAGCUCGCUUUCGGGGUGGGGCCACGCGUGCCAAUCACCGGCUAGGUAUACACCGACGACGACGGAGGGCUUAGAUAGUCGUUACUUGGAUCCCUGGCUUAGAAGGUUCCACGUUUAACCUGCAGGGAUAUCAUGCACGUCACGUGAUCAUGGAAACUUGCGUUCUCAUCCCUCCCGAAUUUAGCCUGGUGCUGACUACGGACACCAAUUCGAACCGUCUUUACGAGAUGGGUGUCAGGGUGUGGAGUAAUCAAGCCAUCGCCAAGGGUUCCAGAUUCCGUCCGUCCCAAGGAACCAUCCGGUUAGACAAGUUGGAGGUCUACAGCCUGCUGAAUGAUAAUGACAUACGGCAUCAUUUCGGUUGCUACGACGAAAUUCAAGAGGUCGAAGAUCGUAAGGUGAGACACUGCAACUGGAUAAGGUUCCUGCGUUAUUCGUGUACGUUAAACAACGAAGUCAACUUGAUAGGUUAUAGGAUAUUUAAUGAGAAUAGUUAUGAGGUGAUCCGUCAUGUGGCACCGAAUACCGAAAUGGUGGUCUAUUACGGGGAUAUCAGAGAUCAGGCCAUCAGUCCGAAACCUUUGACCUCGACUCCUUUGAACUGCAAUAAAAACCUAUGGAGGAAGACUAUUGAAGAUAGUCCGUUGGAUCUGUCCAUGUCUCUAGUCUCUUCGCCCUCUCUCAAUCAAGAGAAUCGAAAAAAUUGCUCAUACGAAUCUCGUUCAAACAGCGAAGCAGACUCUUUUGUUACUUCCACUGAGAAUUUGCAGGUCCUGACUCCUGUUCAAGUUACAAAGAAACCACGAGAAAGAACCUUGUUACCUUGCGAAUAUUGCGGGAAGACAUUCGACCGUCCUUCUCUUCUCAGGAGACAUAUGAGGACUCACACUGGUGAGAAGCCACACGUGUGUGACGUGUGUGGGAAGGGGUUCUCCACCUCCAGUUCAUUGAACACCCACCGCAGGAUCCACUCCGGAGAGAAACCUCACCAGUGUCCUAUAUGUGGUAAAAGAUUCACUGCCAGCUCUAACCUCUACUACCACCGCAUGACCCACAACAAGGAAAAACCGCAUAAAUGUAGCUUAUGCUCGAAAUCUUUUCCCACCCCGGGUGAUCUGAAGAGUCACAUGUAUGUACAUAAUGGAUCGUGGCCAUACAAGUGCCACAUAUGCAACAGAGGUUUUAGCAAACAGACUAAUUUAAAAAACCAUCUAUUUCUCCAUUCUGGUGAUCGUCCCCACGUUUGUGAAGUAUGCAAUAAACGUUUUGCUCUAGCAUGCAAUCUAAGGGCGCACCAACGACUACACGAAGAAUUACAACAGGAGAAAUGCCAGAAGUGCGGAAGGGAAUUCCCGAAUUCUAGCGGUUUGCUGACUUACGGAUGCUGCAAUGCCUGUUACCAUAACAACAACGGGAUUGCUCUAGUGAGGAACGGACACGAUAAAUAUCCUAAGACACCCACGUGAUCAUGCUAAGGGGGCAUGUCGCUAGGAAACCAAAGAUGCCCAGUCAAAAGCCGUCCAGAAGAAAAUUUGUUAAUUUGGAAGAGA